AUGACACAUCCACUACCCGAAAGAAUAGACGUUCACUCUCACUUUCUCCCACCCUUCUACCGGACCGCUCUGGCAGCAAAUGGUCACACUCAUCCCGACGGCAUGCCAGCAAUUCCCGAAUGGUCUCCAGACCGCCACUUAGAGAUGAUGAAAGCCGCCAAUGUCUCGAAAUCCAUUUUGUCCAUCUCCAGCCCCGGAACACACAUCAAAUCCAGCAACCCCACACUAGGCAUAGACCUAACACGACAAUGCAACGCCUAUGCCUCGUCUCUCAAGCAAGAACAUCCCGAUAGAUUCGGUGUCUGGGCUGCACUUCCAUUACCGAAUGUCGAAGCGAGUUUAGCUGAGAUAGACAAAUGUAUUGAGGAAGGCGUCGAGGGAUUUGGAUUGCUAACGAAUUACCAUGGGUACUAUAUCGGCGAUGAGGCGUUGGAUAUUGUGUUCGAUAAGCUGAAUGACAUUGGCGCGACGGUGUUUAUUCAUCCUACCAAACCUUGCAUGAAACACGGCGGUACUAGUACGAACGAUACGUCGUCGUCAUCAUCAUCAUCAUCAUCAGAUCAACCUACAGACGCACUACCAUUCGGCGACCAAUACCCUGUUCCUAUUUUCGAAUUCUUCUUCGACACUGCAAGGGCGGUCAUCAAUCUCUUCAGUACGGGGACCGUGGACCGGUGCCCAAAUAUCAAAUUCAUCGUUCCGCACUCCGGAGGUGGGUUGCCGCCGCUCAUGACACGGUUUAUCCAGUUCUCGAGCGUGGUGCCAGGAGGACGAGUGUUGAAUGCUUCGACGGUGCGGAGGCAGCUUGACGAGCAAUUCUAUUUUGAUCUCGCGGGGUUUGUAUUCGAUGGAGAGAGUGGAGGAAGAGGGCAGCUGAAGGCGUUUAUCGAGGGCUUUGAGAUAUCGCAUGAGAAGUUGUUGUAUGGAAGCGAUUUUCCUUUUACCCAGACGCAGUUUGUGAAGGCAUUUGCGGAUAGGAUGAAGGACGGUUUGGAAAAUCUGUUCGGUGAGAAAGAGAGGGAAGCGAUCUAUCAAGGUAAUGCAGUUGAGCUGUUGGACAAACGGAGGAGCAAGAUGUGA